AAGUCUCGAAAGUUGCUCUGAUUCGAUAGUUCCUGUCACGUUGCCUGUCUGUGUCAUGCGCAGUUGCUAUCGUAGCCCAGCAGUUCCGCUUGGUCCGGUCCCAGGCCGCCUGCCAUCGCCCUGCACGCAUGACACGAAGAGUCCCGUAAUGAAAACACACCUGAUGUUCUCACAGGUGGCGGAGCGAGGCAGUGUGGGUACCUUACUGCCCCUGCUAAUCACAGCUCAAGGGCCAAGCGCCGGGGCCUGACAGGUGGACACCUACCUGAGCUGCUGUGUCAAGGCCGAGAAGUGUUUGAUGACAGGGUAUGUGCUACUCCGUGUGGGUUAAAGUCAGUUUUCUACAUGACACCUGGGCCGUUGACUGUUCUUCGGACAUCAGUUUCAGGGCUGCGGUGUUCCAGACCUUGCAGCUGAGCUGCUUCUUCCCGAUGUUUUCAUAACUCCAUCUUGACAUGGGCGGCAGGAAUGACAACUCUCCGGACUGUCAAAGUCGCCAGCAGCGCCCUCUGUCGAUCAUCCAGGAAUAUUCGGACGAAGAGGGAGGUAAUUUCGACGGUGUUCUACAAACCUUACAAAAUGUGGGGAGUGGUCCCUCUAGCACGGGGACAGUCACCUGUCACGGACAGACUGCGGACCCGCAGACUCCACCCGCCAAGAAGACGCGGAAGAAGGCGGUGGCGCCCCAGCAGCAUCCUGUCCUCAGUCUCGGCUUGCCUAGCAGCACUGGGGACAGAGUCUCGGCAAAUGGCGGUUGUCCUGACCUGCCCAGUUCAGACGACAGCGAAGGACACAUGUCGAGGCUCAAGGACACCGCUACAAAGCUCAAACUGAAGACGAGGCGCCCGAGUUACCUGGCCUGGCGCGCCAAGUACCUGGACAAACUCGAUGACAUGAGGGAGAUCAAAGCCGCGCCAUGUGCCGACGACCGUUUGACACCCGAACGCAAGGAGAAGAUGGACAGCGCCCUCCGCUGGAUCAGGAACGAGCUGACUGAGCUUCGUCGUCAGGACCAGUCACUCGCCAAGCAGCUGCUGGCAAUCCGUCACGAGUUGUCUCGCCUGCGACUCAGCGCCAACUGCGAGGCGCACCAGGACCUCCUGGACGAUGCCCAGGACCGGGUGGAGGAGGUGAAGGAGCUGUCUCGUUUCGUCGACUUCACCCCUGAUGUUCGGGGUGCGAAUCAUCUCAAGCACAUCGGCGUGACGAAAAUAAACUUGACAUCGAGACGAUUCUCCACUUGUUGACACAUCGACAGGAGAUGAUUGCGGCCAAGCACACCAUCGACAACACAUCAAGCGAGGACAGUGUAACUCUAGAGAGGUAAAUGGUAACCCCUAGCAACCAAUUACGAGACAUAAAAAACAAUUCUGGAUGAUGGUUACUGCUGGAUAUAACCUCCGUGCUUAUGACCUGUGAAACUUGAACUUUGACCUUGUCGACAUCUCUACAACUGUGUACAAAUAAACUAUUAGUUACCGACACAACUUAAUUCAUAAUUGUUUUAAUACUACCUCAUAACUAAAGACAACUGCUCUGGAAUGAGAGACAGUUGUAGCACAACGAAAGACAAUCGUGCUUUUGACAACAGAACUAAUGUUAGAUGUUCCAAUCAUGUUUGUAAAUAAAAAUAUAACUGGAGCGAAAAUUAACAAAGGUGAUGUGUAUAUUUUGUAUUCAAUUUGUUGUUUACACAACGCAGCUCUGCACCCAGAGUGAAGACAAGACAAAGUUUUAUCCACGUGAGUGAAGAAAAUGUCAGUAACACCUGCAAUCGUGUUAGUCUUUGACUUUUAUACCCUGAAAGAAAUAAAGAUAUGUCCGAAUAUAUAUUUUUAAGGAAAUAAAACUAGAAAUCUGUCCGUUUUUAAAUGUGUAUUUGUACAUUCUCUAAACUGGUAACGGAAACAGGUUGCAUCUGCGACGCAUCUAGAAUUCGGCGAAAAAACUACGAAUGACUGAACGAACAAGUGUUUCUAGGUGUGAAUAAAGGUCUUAUAAGUUCA